CGUUAUUGCGCUUGUGGAAGGAAGUGAAGACAAGAUCUCCACAUGCGCAUUGUCUACAGUGACUGGAAUUCCGCUUAUUCGUCUCCAUGAUAACAAAGUCUCUGACCAGUGUGAAAAAGUGAUUCAGAUGUCAGCUGGAUACAAAGACAUUGCAACUGCCACGCUCGCUCUGAUAAACAUGUUUCACUGGGAAAGUAUUGCAGUUUUAUUUGAUGAGGAUUACUCCUACAAAGCAGCUUUUUUCACCACCAUAACCAAGAGAUUAAACCUCACUAUAAAGUUAGUUCAUUUUUCCACGGAGGCUAAUAAUGAAAAUGCAGUAUUCAACGCGAUGGAUGAAAUUUACAACCUGGAAGCAGAAGUCAUUUUACUUCACAUCAAAAAAGAGAACAUUGAGAUAAUACUUAAUCAGCAAAGAACUUGUCAAUGCACAAAUGUGUACAAGUGGAUACUUCAAGGAGAGAUACCAUUACACCUGACCUCUGGAGGGAAUAACAUUGUUUUUGCAUUAAAACUUCCCUCCUACUAUGAAGAAGAAAAUGUCGUCAAAGGCAAUAAUACUAACACCACGGACCAAGAUGCACUCCUGCAGGACACAUCCCAAAUUAUCCAUCAGGCUCUCAGCAGGGAAGAGUGUUUGUCAGUAAAUAGCUCCUCCUUUGGUUUUAACGAAGCACAUAAAAUGUUGAGUUGCUUGAAAAACGUCAAAUUUGAAGGCAAAACAGGACCUGUUUAUUUUGAUGAGUACGGGGAGAGAAGAGGAAUUAGAUUAGAAAUUUUGAAUCUUCAAAAUGAUUCUUUGACAACGAUAGGGACAUGGAAUUCAUCUCAUGGUGCCGUGGUUUUUGGGAAUGUGUUACGUAAUGAUGGAAACCCAUUGAGCGGAAGGAGACUGGAAGGGAAAAAGCUUAGGGUCGUUGUGGUAGAGAAUGCACCGUUUAUAAUGAAGAAUGAGGACGGCACUAUUCCACAUUAUAAGGGAUACUGCAUCGACCUUCUCGAUGAACUGGCCAAGAAUCUCAAGUUUACCUAUGAGAUCUACCUCUCCCCAGACGGGAUGUAUGGUGCCGAGUUGGAGAAUGGAACAUGGAACGGUAUGAUUGGCGAGUUAGUUGGUAAGCGUGCUGACAUCGCCGUUGCAUCUCUUACCGUUACUGAAAGUCGAGAGAAAAUUGUGGACUUCAGCGUUCCUUACAUGUACUACUCAAGAGAAAUACUGGUCAAGAAAUCACCUCACAGUGGAAAAGUUGAUUUGCUUCAGUUCAUGAAUCCUUUUGACAUUCAGGUCUGGUUUGCUACUCUCGCCAGCCUGGUCAUCAUCUCUGUUGCUGUAUUUGUGAUAAAUUACUUCAGUCCUUAUGGGUGCAAAGACGAAAAUGGCCGAGGAACAUCAGAGGAGUUUAACUUCUUCAACAGUGUGUGGUUUGCUUUAGCCUGCAUGCUGCAGCAAGGAGGAGAUAACACACCGAAAAGCUCAUCAGGUCGGAUUCUGACUGGAUGCUACUGGUUCUGCAUACUCAUAAUGAUCUCAACAUACACUGCCAACCUGGCUGCUUUUCUUGUUGUGAAAGAUAAUGAUAAUCCGAUUAAUAAUCUAGAGGACAUCGUAAGGUCCACCUAUCAAGUAGCUGUCAUUGAGUCAGGAAGUACUUAUGAGGCAUUCAGGACAAGUCAGUAUGUAACGCAUGAAAAGAUUUGGAAUAGAAUGGUAACAGCGGGGAGUUUUGUCCAGAGCACAGCGGAAGGAAUUCAAAUGGUGCGAGACAGAGACCAGUUUGUGUUUAUUUCUGAUGGGCCUGUUCUUAAACACGCCGCACAACAGCCGCCUUGUGACGUCACCACAGUUCCAGGCCUGAGUACGGCCCUCGGACUUGCGUUUGCUUUUCAAGCAAAUAGUACAGAUGUUGAUGACGUCACAUUGGCUAUUCUACAUCUUCACGAAAACGAAUUCCUUGACAGUUUAAAAAGGGAAUGGUGGGAAUACAAAGAUGAAUGUCCUAAAAAGCAGGAUACAACUUUGACUCGAAAGCGAAUUGAUCUCAGAAGCAUGCUGGGAGUGUAUGUCGUUAUGAGUGUCGGAUUAAUUUUAGCAUUGAUGGCGCUGACUGCAGAGAUCUUUUGGACAAGGAUGAAAGAGCGCAAGAUAAUAACCCAAAGACCAAAAGAUCGUUCCAUUGAAGUCAACCAAAUCGCACAUCCUGAUUAGUCUAAGCCGACCAAUCAAAGCCUGCACGUGGCUUAGUUUCAAGGAGAGUGAAUGAAUAAGCAAACCAUUUCAAGGCAAGGAUCGUGACAAAUACAUGAUGUCAUCAAAGCAGUUGUGAAGUGUGCUUCACAAUACAACCUCCCUGAGCACCUUGGCUUUUUUUUCGUUUCAGUCAGUUUGCCUUCUUUUUCUCGCAAAUUGUUUUCUCAAUAUGCUUCUGUCGUUUUGGGCUUAAUUUUCGUCAAAUUGUGGCUCAUAGUCCAGAAAUAAACCCAUACAAGAAAACAUUAUAAAUAAAUUCAAUGGACAUACCAUUUUACCAUAAGUCUUCAUUAUUCUUAAAGUUUGCGAAAGUUGCUAAAACUCGCGCCAAAUUUUAAAGUCAAUUAUGUAGACGAAAACAAUUUAAAAAAUAAACGGAUUCAGUUUUUAA